AUGAUGCGUGUUUUUGACGUUCAUUUCCGAUUACACACCGGGGAAAAGCCACUGAAAUGCUCCGAGUGCAACAAGGCGUUCCGACGUCACUCCACUCUGUGCCAGCACAUGAAAAAACAUCGCGGAAUCCGAAACCACGUGUGCAACAUAUGCAACAAAGCCUUCUACGAAGUGUCGAAACUGAAUGCUCACAUGCGCAUACAUACGGGAGAGAGGCCUUUCGAAUGCCAAUACUGCGAGCGGAGGUUUGCCCAACAAUCAGCACUGAUAUACCAUCGCAGAACACACACGGGUGAAAAGCCUUACAGUUGCAAGCUAUGUUCAGCCAAAUUCACGACGUCGUCAUCCAGAAAUAAUCACUUACUGACGCACACCGGAUUGAAAAAAUUUGUGUGUCCGGUUUGUCUGAAGAGCUGCAAAUCGAGGACGGAAUUACGUUUACACGCGACAAAACAUCAAGAAGCCGGAGGAACAAAGAAGCUUAAUAAAAGUCAAGACAAUAAACAAGAGGAAAGUAAUUCACGAGACAGUUCAACGGAUAGCGCUAAAGCAGACAAGGAGGAGAAGAAAGAUGAACCUGAGGAAAGUGAGGAGAUGGAAAUAACUAGUCAGAGCCCACAGGAAAUGCAAGUCGUUAUACAAACGGAGGGUGGUCAAAAACGCUACAAGUGUGGUCUCUGCGUCAAGAGCUAUAUGUAUCUGCACAGCUUGAAGAGACACUUACUCAGCCAUGUGCAAAUGUGUGUGUUUAACCCAGAUGGCUCUGAGAAGUUGUAUGCUUUUAGGCAACAACAACAACAACUCCAAGAACAACAGCAACAGCAGCAGCAACAACAACAACAGCAGCAACAACAACAGCAACAGCCUCAGCAAAUACAACAGUUGCUGCAGGUUCAGCCACAACAGGUUGUGCAGCAGUUAGCCGUCCCCAUACAUCAGCAUGUGCAGAGCGUACAACAGCCAUAUCCUGUGAUAUCGUCAGUACAGUCGCUACAGUUGCAACAAACACAUCAACAAAUAAAUACGCAACCCCAACAACUGCAAGUACAAACAAUACAAAUACAACCCCAUCAACAGCCGAUACAAAUACAUGCUGUGGGUGUACAACAAGUGCAGCAGGAACAAUUACAUGUGGCAACAUCGUCGUGCCAGACAAUGUUACCGAAUAUAUUGCAGCUGCAAAAUGGUACAGUAGUGUCCGGGUUAUCUGCGCAGGAGUUGAGUGGUGUGGCUCAUCGCAUCAUUCUUCAGCAACCGCCAACCCAUCCAGCAGUAUACACUAUACAUCACUAG